UUUUGAUUUUUUGGAAGGAGACGCUCUUGCGACUCAUCGAGUGACGCCACUGACCAGCUAAUCGGUGGCACGCACUCUGACGGCGUCACAUUUUAGUACCUGCUCGGAUUGCUUGGAACCCCAGUCGAGCAGUGGUACCAGGUACUAUCACCUAAAACUUUGCUGAGUCAAUCCCAAUAGGUACUAAUGGAAAAGAAUCUGCCUUUCAGAUUGCUGAUUGCAUCUAACAAUGCGUAUAUUCGGGUUAACAUUUGUUUUCGACAAAUAAGGCUUAAACCUGCUGGAAUAAGUGAAGAUCGCGAAUAACACCUUGUGUAUGCCAUUUCAGGUUCGCCACCUCUGACGAGCCGUGGGAAGUACCGGAGUGGUUCCUCGAUGAUGAACGGAAACACCGGAAGAGGCCGGUGCCGGUCACCAAGGAGAUGGUGGAGGAAUACAAACAAAAAUGGAAGGAGAUCAAUGCUCGGCCAAUCAAACGAGUUGCUGAGGCCAAGGCCAGGAAGAAGAGAAGGACGUUGAAAAAAAUGGAGCAGGCCAAGAAGAAAGCAGAAGCGGUUGUCAACACAGUGGACAUCUCUGAGAGGGAGAAGAUGGCUCAGCUGAAGAGUAUAUACAAGAAAGCCGGCUUGGGGAAAGAAAAGAGAGAAGUAACAUACGUUGUGAGCAAAAAGGGCGCUGGGAAGAAGGUGAGACGGCCUCCUGGUGUCAAAGGAGUCUUCAAGGUGGUGGACGGGCGCAUGAAGAAAGAUUUGCGGGGAAUGCAGAGAAAAGAACAACGCGCUAAAGGAGGCAAAGGAAAGCACGGAAAGGGACGACAGGCUAAGGCUGGCAAAGGAGGGGUGAAGAGUGGUAAAGGGCGAAAAUGAAAAUGCAUUUGAGUUUCUGCUUGUCGUUAUUAUUAUUCAACUCCCUGGACUCGUGUUAUAACUGAGCAUUUGUGGAGCUUGGUGAACUACGAUGGUUCAGUUUUGGCUCCUGUAUCACAGACAAAAUAAACAUGAGUCUCUGUUUUGGAACCUUUGCUGGAUUUCUUAAAGCCCUGGAGACCUCAGACAUGUCUGGGAGAUAUGACAUCCAGGUUUUAUGUAUACGUCUCUGUGAAGAUGUAGCUGAUUUGCCUUGAACCCCCUGGAAGGAAGAGGAUUCACUGAACAGCUUAACUGUAAAAUGCAGUAAAAGUUUAUUGAUAAAUGUUUCUCGUGUAAAUUCCAAUCUUUGCAAUAAAGUUUUUGUUCAGA